AUGCGAUACGUUUUGUUUUUUUUCCUUGGUUCUCCUUCUACUAUUGCAGGAGAUGGAUGUGGGCAUGUGGUGAUGUAUCAGGACAGCGGGACCCUGGCUUCCAAGAACUAUCCUGGGACAUAUCCAAACUACACACUUUGUGAAAAGAAAAUCCAAGUACCUCAGGGAAAACGCCUGAUCUUAAAAAUUGGAGACCUGGAUAUUGAGUCACAGAAAUGUGAAUCCAGCUACCUUACCAUCCUGAGUUCUUCAACGAUGCAUGGACCCUACUGUGGUAAUAUGAUGCCUGUUCCCAAAGAAAUCAUUCUGGACAGCAAUGAAGCAACUAUCCACUUUGAGAGUGGAUCCCAUAUAUCAGGACGAGGCUUUCUGUUGUCUUAUGCCAGCAGUGAUCAUCCAGAUCUAAUCACAUGUCUGGAACGAGCAAACCACUACACAAAGACUGAGUACAGCAGAUACUGUCCUGCUGGCUGCAGAGACAUCGCAGGUGACAUUUCUGGGAAUAUAGAAGAAGGAUACAGAGAUACCUCACUGCUGUGCAAGUCGGCGAUACAUGCAGGUGUUAUUGCAGAUGAACUGGGCGGUCAGAUCAGUGUCACCCAGCAGAAGGGCAUCAGCCGCUAUGAAGGCGUUGUCGCCAAUGGUAUCUCCUCACAUGAUGGUUCGCUGUCAGAUAAGCGGUUUAUGUUUACUUCAAAUGGCUGCAAUAGAUCUCUCAGUCUGGAAGAGGGAUUCCUCUCCAAGAGCCAGAUCACUGCAUCUUCCUACUGGGAGGAGACCAACGAAUUUGGACAGCUGUUCCAGUGGUCUCCUGACAAGGCUUGGCUUCAAGUCCUGGGACUGGCUUGGGCCUCUAACCACAGCAGUAGUCGUGAAUGGUUGGAGAUAGACUUGGGAGAGAAGAAGAGAAUAACAGGGAUCAAAACCACUGGUUCUGGACCCACUAUGCAGAAUUUUAAUUUCUAUGUAAAGACAUUUAUAUUGAACUACAGAAAUAACAACUCGAAAUGGAGAACUUACAGAGGAAUUCUAAGCAAUGAAGAAAAGGUAUUCCAAGGCAACUCCGACUCUGGUGACAUAGUACGUAAUAAUUUCAUUCCCCCAAUCGUGGCCCGUUAUGUGCGAAUUAUUCCUCAGUCUUGGAACCAACGGAUAGCAUUGAAGCUUGAGCUGAUUGGUUGUCGAAUAAUGCAAGUGAAUAGUUCAUUUACACAUUCAAUGUGGCAAAAAACAAGCCAGAGCACAGAAACCUCCCUUGGAAAAGAAGACAGAACUGUUACAGAGCCCAUCCCAUCAGAAGAAACCAAUUUAGGAUUAAAGCUUACAGCUAUAAUUGUCCCAGUCCUCAUAGUGCUGUGUCUGUUCCUGUUCUCUGGAAUUUGUAUCUGUGCAGCCCUACGAAAGCAAGAAGCCAAAGGACUUUCUUAUGGAUUAUCCAAUGCUCAGAAAUCAGGUUGUUGGAAACAGAUCAAGCAGCCCUUCACCAGACAUCAGUCAACUGAAUUUACCAUUAGCUAUAAUAAUGAGAAGGAGACACCACAAAAACUAGAUCUGGUCACAAGCGACAUGGCAGAUUAUCAGCAGCCUCUCAUGAUCGGAACUGGGACAGUAACACGGAAAGGAUCUACUUUCAGACCCAUGGACACAGAAGAAGAGGGAAGAAGAGGGAGUGCAGAGUUUGAAAACCACUACCACUGCCCACACAGAGCCAACCGGCAUGAGUACGCUCUGCCCCUGACCAGCCAGGAGCCUGAAUAUGCCACCCCCAUCAUCGAGCGGCACGUCACCAGAGAAAAUAACUUUCCCUCUGAAAAUGGCUACAACAUACCUGUAAUCUCCUCACAGAAACAUUCCCUUUCUGCCGGCAGUUUCUCUGGCUCAUGCAAGACUGAUACCAGAAACGGAGACUAUCAGACACCCCAGAGCGUAAUAAACUACGACAAACCUAAAGCCAAUGGUAUUCUGACCUCUGUGAGCUAUAGUACGGACUACCAGAAACCUCAGGCAAACGCGCUAGGGAGUGAGGGUUACUCAACACCCAGAGACUGCCUGAACCCAAUAAGCCAGACAGCAAUGACAGCUCUCUUGUGAUGCGCUAAGCAAGAGAGACGUGGUGCACAGGAAUGUCGCUGCGCAGCUUCCAAAGUGAAAACAGAGUUUUAAAGGAUUCUGCUGCAGAAGGCAGAAGGCAAACAAACCCUGUGUACAUAAUAUUGCAGUCUUGCUGGGUUCUGACAUCUGAAGAAAGCAUAUGCUGUUUAUCACUGUUUAUAUCAAAAGAGAUGUUAUCAGUGAAGACUGUAUAUCUUAUUUCUGUAACUGAUCUCAGUGCUCCGUUUGCAACGUGUGCAAUUUGUACAUAGCUUUUAUUUAAGGAGAGUUUCUUAAGUUUCCUUUUCACCUGUGGAAUUGAAAGGACAAACAAAGCCCAACAAACCAGCUUCUGCAGAAAUAGCUCUCUCUCUAUUCCACCUCUGUUGUACUGCAGCUGUAAAUUGUGUAUCUUACAGCUGAUGUGGUUCAGUUCCUUUCCUCUGAAAACUGAAGAUCAUCAUUAUAGUUCCUCUUGGGAGGGCAGAGGUAAAACUGCCUGAAGCGUGAAGUGCACAAGAGAAGGCAGCCGAGCAUUUAAAUACCACGUUCCAUCUCACCUGCCCAGCUGCCUUUCAGCAGCAAUCUGUAGAUGCUUGAAUUUGAUCUAGUGUAUGAGCUGAGCCUAACUUGCUAUUCAUAUCAAGUACAGGUAGAAAAGAUGCAACAAGCUUUGGAUUCAAGCCAUAGUGAUCACCUUGCAGACACAUCCGCAAUAGAAACAUGCCAAUCUGCUUUUUCAUUGUGUGUGGAACUGUAAUGUGAAUUUACAGCUAAGAAUUGAAUCCUGUUCAGGCCCUACCUGAUUCUAUUAAUGCUAAACUGUAAGGAAAUUUGUUCCUUGACACAAAGCAGCUCUUCAUUGCUCCAGUGGGUAUUUUUCUGUCUGACUAAAUAUUUCAAAUGGAAAUACUACACUAAAUUUGUAAAACUGAAAGACAACAUGGGUAUGGUUCAGUGUUGCAUUUAAGUGCAAGACAGUGGAUUGGCACAGUUGUGCUCAAAUAGUUUUUCUUUUGCAGCAGAUGUUACUCAAUUCUUGUUUUGGACAAACUUGAAAAAGCUUGGGGUUGGCUGCAAUGCACAGCUGUUGGCUCCUCUUUCAGCAAAGGUGUCAUUGAAGCCACACAGCUUCAGGUUGGGACUGCAACCAUCCUUUGCUCUGCUACCUGCAGCACUUGGAGCCUUACCUUGAAUUCGAAUGUGUGUCUCAGAAUAUCAAAAAGUUAUCUUCUUCCAAGAGAGAAGAAUGGUGCUACAUUUAAGGCACAAGGUUGGGAAAUUAGCCUGGUAAAAUGUGAGCUCUUGGAAAGUCAGUAUUUCAAGGCCUUGUGUGUGUUUCCUUGUGUGUAAGCUGGGGAUCAUUUGCAAAGGACGCAGCAAAGAUUUCUUGUUUGUUCACAAAGUGCUUUAAGAGUACAGAACAGCUGUAGUUAUACUAGGUACAAAUAUUGCUAACUCGAGCCAUAUCUGACCAUAAGAACAGCUUAGUGGGUUCUUCGUAUUUGCUUGUUUUGUGGCCUCAGUGGUGCAGUUCUGUCAUGCCGAUGCACAGUGCAUGCAACUUCCGUGCAAAGAAGAAAGAGUUGAGCUAACCUUGUAGUCCUCCCGCGUUUGCUGUCAAUACAGUUUCUGUGAAUUGUAUAAAACACCUCAGGUUCUGAAGCGAAGCAGCAGCAGCCUGUUUGUUAGACCGAGCUGGGUGGUGUUGUUUACCUUCUGUUGUUUACAUGUCUAUGUAAAUAAAGAACACUGGUAUUUGUAAAUCA